CACUUUUAUAUUAGCCACUCAACGACUCAUGUCCUGCCCAAAAUUCCCUUCCAACUUUCCUUUCUCACACACACCAACUGUGUGUUCUGUUCUUAUUUCUUAUGCUUCCUCACCAAGAAAAACACCUCCUUACCCCUUCGUCACGCACCCUAACUACCAACAAAUCCAAUUCAAUCACACAACUUUAAAACCCUAAUUCAACCACACUACCAUACCACAAAUCACACACAAAGUAAACAACUACACCUCUAACCGCCAUGGCCGACGAUCAAAUUCCGGCCAUAAACCUCCAGGAAUUAAAAGUCCUGUCGGUGCUAGGACGUGGUGGCAGAGGCGUCGUGUUCCUCGUCCGAAACAACUCAUCCGGUGGCGAAUUGCUCGCUUUGAAGACGAUUUUACGAGACUCCAUUGCGGAUAAACCAAAGCAAAUUUUGUUUGAGCAGGAGGUGUUGCGAUUAUCUCAACAUCCAUUGCUUCCGAAACUCCGUGGCGUUGUAUCCACCGAUAAAAUCGUCGGUUACGCCAUUGAUUACUGUCCUGGACGUGAUCUCAAUCAUCUCCAGAAGAAACAAACGGAGAAAAUGUUCUCAGAUAACGUAAUCAGGUUUUACGCGGCGGAGUUAGUGAUUGCAUUGGAGUAUCUACACAAUUUAGGCAUUAUCUACCGAGAUCUGAAGCCUGAAAACGUGAUGAUACAGGAAAACGGUCACAUUAUGCUAAUCGAUUUCGAUCUAUCAACAAAACUAUCACUAAAAUCCCAAUCGCAAUCGCAAACUAAAUCGACACAAACGGUUCAGUUAGUGAAAUCCGAACCAAAAAAGUUAAAAAACACACAUCAAUUUUCAUUUCUAUGUUGUGGUCCAACGAUUCCGUCGGAGGACUCCGUACAUCCCGAGUCAGUUAACUCAGACCGAGUUAACUCAGUUUCAAAGUCAAACUCGUUCGUCGGAACAGAAGAGUAUAUAGCACCGGAAAUGUUAACCGGGACCGGUCAUGAUUUUUCUCUAGACUGGUGGUGUUACGGCGUCGUUUUGCAUGAAAUGUUAUACGGGAAAACUCCGUUUAAAGGAGCAAACAGAAAAGAGACGUUUCGGAAUAUUCUGUCAAAGAUGCCGGAACUCGUGGGAGAACCGACGGCGUUAAGAGAUUUGAUUAGAAAACUGUUGGUGAAGGAUCCGAAACGGAGAAUAUCGGUUGAGGAGAUCAAGGGUCACGAUUUCUUCUGGGGUGUUGACUGGGAGAGGGUUUUGGAGAUCUGUAGACCACCGUUUGUUCCUGGACCGUCCGAUGAGGAGGUGGGUAUGGAUGUAAAUAGGAUUGAUAUUGAGGCUUUUGUUGAAGGGGUGUUUAAAGGAGAUGGUGACGUGCAAGAGGUCGAUGAGUUUAAGAAAUUUUGAAGAGGAUUGAAUUUGAAAUAAGUUAUAUUUAUUUUGUUCAUAAAUGCAUAUAUUGUAAGUCAAAAUCGAAGUUAAAGAGUAAAUUAAGAAAGUACCAAUUUUUUAUAGUCAAAAUCGAAGUUAAAGAAUAAAUUAAGAAAGUACCAUUUUUUA